AUGCUGGAAACAUUAACCAAUGAACAGACAACUACAGCAGUCGAAGGUGUACCAGAAAAACAAGGGUUGCUCAGCACUGUCACUUCCAACCCGAUCUUUUCAGCUGGUUUUGGUCUGAUCGGUGUAGGGGCUGGCCUUUCACUUUUAAGAAAAGGUGCUACAGUGGGUGCGAGUGCACUUCGACGUAGACUCUUGGUGACAUUAGAGAUUCCAUCAAGAGAUAAAUCUUAUCUUUGGUUCUUGCAUUGGAUGUCUCAUCAUGCGCCCAAACGACAAGUACAACACCUUGCGGUUGAGACAAGUUAUAAACAACAUGAUAAUGGAAGUAUCAGUACAAAGUUUGGACUAGUACCUGGACCAGGCACACAUUUUUUCAAAUAUCGUCAUAUCUGGAUGCAAGUACAAAGACAACGAGACGGUAAAAUGAUGGACCUGUCAACUGGUGCCCCCUUUGAAACGAUCACGAUCACAACACUAAGCCGAGAUAGGCACGUGUUUCAAGAGUUACUACAGGAGGCACAGGAGAUGGCACUGAAAAAGCAAGAAGGUAAAACUGUGAUAUAUACCUCGUAUGGGCCCGAAUGGCGACCUUUUGGCAUGCCUAGAAGAAGACGAAUGCUAGAAUCUGUGAUUCUGGAUAAAGGAAUUAAAGAGCGUAUUGUAAAUGAUGUGAAGGCAUUUAUUAAUAAUGGAAAAUGGUAUAAUGAAAGGGGAAUACCUUAUAGAAGAGGAUAUCUAUUACAUGGACCACCUGGGUCUGGUAAGAGUAGUUUUAUCCAAGCUUUAGCAGGAGAACUGGAAUAUAACAUUUGUAUACUCAAUUUAUCUGAAAGAGGGUUGACAGAUGACCGACUGAACCAUUUAUUAAGCAAUGUGCCUGAACGAAGUAUUAUGUUAUUAGAAGAUAUAGACGCAGCAUUCACCAAACGAUCACAGACAGAUAACCAAGGAUACCAAUCGAUGAUCACCUUUAGUGGUCUACUUAAUGCUCUAGACGGUGUUGCUUCAGCUGAAGAACGUAUCAUCUUUUUAACAACAAAUCAUGUUGAGAAACUAGAUCCAGCACUUAUCAGACCAGGUAGAGUUGAUCUAAAGGAGUUCUUUGGAAAUGCAUCAGAAUACCAAAUACGCAACAUGUUUAAACGAUUCUAUGAUAACGAAGCACUUGCAAAUGAAUUUGUAGAAAAGAUCAAAGGAAAGAAUGUGAGCACAGCUAGUCUACAAGGUCAUUUUGUCUAUUACAAGGAUAAACCAGAAGAAGCAGUGAAAAAUGCAGAUUCGUUGUACAACCAAUUCUGA